GAAGGAGAUGAUUCUAGGACUAUUUUGUUUGGAAUUAUGUUUGGUGAUAUUUUUGGUAGUAUGUACUUGGUCAUUCAUGAAGGCUCUAGAGUAAUAUAUUAGGAGAUAAGAUAUAAUGUAUUGAUGUGAUGGAAAUAGAGUUCUUAACAGUUCAUGCUUGUAAUUAGAGAAAUUAUGCAAGUCUCGAGUUUAACCAUAACGACCAUACACUUGGAUAGAGUGUGGUCUCUUGUUUGGAAAAAUUCUAGUGGGCACCGUUACAUUGACUUUGUUCUUCCAAAAAGGUUGAAGUUCAAGAAGCAAUUUUUAGCUUAUUCAGGAAGAUGCCAUGUAUAUGCUGGGCGUGGGAUUUUUGUCUUGUCCGCAACAACUUCCUUCUCAAUUCUCAUGCUUAAACAGUUCUACUAAUGUUAUUAAAUGAGAUCCUAAUGUCAUCUAAAUCUAAAUAUAUUAAUCCAUUCUUCCCUUCCUAUUUAUAUAACACUUUUUCCAUUUUGAGAUAUUAUAAAAAGUCUUAACAUUAUUAUCGAACUUUUUAGUUUUGGAUUCGUUAAUGAAAUUGAUGAUUUAAACAAUAGUAAAAUACUAUCACGUUAGUUAAGUGGCUGAAAAUAUAACUUGAGCGUAUUAAGUCACUCUAUGUGUGAAAUGAAAAAAAAAAUGACUUUGAUCUUAAAUGAUAAAAUCUUUGAUCUUAAAUGACAAAAACAUAAUUACUUUUCCAUUACAAUACAAAAUAAAAAAUGAUUUUCUUAGAUAAGUUUUGUUAGUUGAGUAACUUUCUAAAUAAGCAACUCAAACUUUGAUGAAUCUAUUAGGAGCAAUAGCGAUCAAACAAAAUUAACUGAAAGAGUGUGUCACAUCCUAAAAAAUAUAUCCCUUCAUCUUUUUAUUUGACUCAUAUUAACUUGACGCUCCUCUUAAGAAAAUAUUAAUUAUGCUUUGAAAAUCUAAUUUUGGCUAUUAAUAUUUUACAUAGUUACUUAAUGAUAAAGAUAAUAUUAAAAAAAAAACUCUCUUGAUUUGCUAUAAUAGACAAGUAAAAAAUUAUUUUUAAUAUAAGAAACUAGCGAAGAAAAACAUAAAAAAGUACUCUUUUCGUUCCAUUUUAAGUAUCUUACUUUUCUUUUUAAUUUGUCUUAAAAAAAGUCUCUUUUUAUAUUUAAAAUAAGUCGACAAUUCAAACAUUCUAUGUGACAAAUUUAUGACCAUAAAAUUCAAAGAACAUUUUAUAUAUCGAACAUUUUUAAUUUAGGAUUACAAAAUUUUAAAAAAUACUUUGUUUUUUAAAUUUGAUAUCUAAUUAAAUUAAGAUAUUUAAAUUAGGAGAGAGAGAUUAUUUUUAAGAGGAUCGGAAAUUAGAUAUGGUAGCAUGUACAGUCCACUUAGUAGUGGGUACACGAAGAAGGUUUUAUAAUAUCGAGAAACGGACAAAGAGCCUUUUCAUGUCGCGCUUUAUUGUCAGUUGACACUGUACGAGGAGCUUGAUUUUGAAAAGAAGAAACAAACUCAUUUAUUGAUGUAUUCGACUUUCCAGCUUUUACUCUUCUUUUGUCUUUCCAUUUUCCUGGAAGUUGUAAGCAAAGGGAAAAUGGAACAAGCUAAAGAAGAACUGGAAAUUUUGGAAGCACAGCAUCCAAACAAGUUUGAAUAUCUCAAGUUGGAACUAAGAUCCUUCAUCUCUCUUCUUGAAUCUCACCACUCUGACCCUGUUCCUUCUUCUUCCUAUAUUGCUACUCAAGAGUCAUCAAGUAACAGGAAGAGGAAAAAUGGAAGCUUUGGUAGUCCAGAAGAACCUAAGAAGAAACUGCAAAGGGCAUUGCAGGAAUCUGUGGGUUGUACCAAGAGGAGUAGGAUUGAUGUUGUCAUGGAAAGGGCUCAGGCAUGUCUUCAGAAAAUUCAACAAUUCAAAACCAGUAACUAGUAAUUUUAGUGUAUCUUCUCUAUGGUUUCAAAAUAAGAGGGGCAUGGAAGAAGUGCUAUGCUAAACUCCCAAAUGGAUUCAUAAUUCUGUGUGGAUUCAGAUCAAAAGAUUUUUUUUUUUUUUUUUUUUUUGCAAUACCUCUGACUUUUAAGGUAGAGGCACAGGAUAUAGAUCAUUUGCAUAAAAUAAACAGUGACAAAUCCAAGAUCUAGAGUCAAAUAUGUUCAGAAUGAGUGAUCUUAGUAUAUGUAUACAAUUUCUUUUUGUUGUAUAUGUAUAUAUUGUUCAAGUUGAUA